UUCCUUAAAUCAUUUUAUUUCCACUAAAUACAUAAAACAAUCUCUCAAAUUCCACCAACUUAACAAAAAAAAUUCAAAUUCAAAUGAUUAUCUCAAAACUUUUACAUUCAAACUAUUUAUAUCACAAUUCCAAAAAUCGUACUUCAUUUAAUUCGACAUCUACGCUUUUUUUUGCUUUUUUCUCUUGGAUAAAGACGCGAUAUCAUCGACAUCAAAAGGCGUCGUAUCGUAGCGGCCGACGUCGGGCGUCGCGACGCCACCGUUAACGUCUGCAAAUCGCAACGGUCAACGCGCGAAAUAACCUGCGUCGGAUGCGAGCGUCGCCGUCGUUGGACGUCGCGCUGUCGCUUCUCUUCCGUUUUCUACUUCCACCACCACCAGUUGCUGCUUGCACGGCGACGCGGUCAGUCGUUAGCGUCAACGUCGUCGUCGGCGUCGUUUGUCGUCGUCGUCGUUGGCGUCGCGGAAAACCUCGUGUUCCUCAACUACUAAGUUUUAUCGCGAACGCUUCGCCGACGUACGCUCGUUUUUCCUUCGACGGCGAUUUCUCCUUUCAUCUGGCCACUUCUUCGUAUACGAUGAUUCAAGGAGACGUCAUGGAACUGGAAACUUUGUACCGGAGGUAUUGCGUCGGAUUGAAGCAUUCCCUCUUUUUAUCCUGCUUAACUGUAUCCGCACUCAGCUGUGUUGCUCUUCUAAUCACAACUAUUAUUUUAUAUGCUCAGGGUAGCCAAGAUAAUCGACUACCAAUCGUAGUGAUGUCGAUAGUGUCCUUGGCUAUGGUGGCCACACUGAUCGCCUCUCAAUUUCCCAUCGUAAUGGAAUCGGAAGCGUGGUCAUUAGCAGCAUCCCUUCUAAUUACCGUUGUGGUCGCAACGGCAACCCUUCUACUAGCCGGAAGACAUGCUCCUUUACCUCUAUUCGCUUUAUUACUCGCUGUGCACACGAUGUUGCCAAUAUCAAAACCGAUCGCGUUAACUUUAGCCACAGUUAUAACAGUCGCCCAUUUAGCUACAUCGAUCGUCUAUAAACACGAUUCGAACAACCACGCUUAUUAUAUGCAGUUAAUUCCGGAAACUAUGCUGUUACUAACUGCGAGCGCAACCGGGUUAUAUUACAGAUAUAUGACCGAAUCGGCCCACAGGAAAACGUUUGUAGGAACGAGAACUUGUAUAGAAUCCCGAGUUAAACUCGAAUGUGAAAAGGAACAACAAGAACAACUUUUAUUAAGUGUUAUUCCAGCGUAUAUAGCAGCUGAGGUAAAAAGAAGUAUCAUGUUAAAAAUGGCGGAUGCUUGCCAAGAAGUUACAAACAAGCAGAGUUUCCACGAGAUGUACGUCCAAAGACAUAACAAUGUCUCCAUUCUAUAUGCAGACAUCGUAAACUUCACGCCGCUUUCCGAACAGUUGUCCGCAUCAGAUCUUGUCAAAACUUUGAACGAGUUGUUUGGAAGAUUCGAUCAGAUAGCGCAGGACAAUCAGUGCAUGAGGAUCAAAAUACUGGGCGAUUGUUACUACUGCGUAUCCGGUCUUCCUGUAUCCAGACCCAACCACGCCUAUAACUGCGUCAACAUGGGUUUGCAAAUGAUCGAUGCAAUACGUUUUGUUCGAGAAGCAACGGGAUUCAACGUGGAUAUGCGAAUUGGGAUUCACACAGGAAAUGUUCUUUGCGGGGUUUUAGGUCUAAGGAAAUGGCAGUUCGAUGUUUGGAGCGACGAUGUUACUUUAGCGAAUCACAUGGAAUCAGGGGGUAUUGCAGGAAGAGUACACAUAACUAAAGCGACUCAACUUCAACUAGGGGACAAAUUUGAAGUGGAGCCAGGAGAUGGAAUAAGCAGAGAGGGUUAUCUCGCAGACCAUAAAAUCGAGACAUUUCUUAUCAUACCCCCUAAGAAACCCGAUAAGGAAACACAAAAUGGAAAUUUAAAGACCGGACGUUUUUCUGUAACAUCGGAACGAAAUAACAGCAUAACAGAGCAGUCAAACAGUGGUGGACAAGGAACUGCAGUUCCCGGAGGAGUUCCGACCAGGUCGAGACCGUCAAGUAAAAUGACCAAAUACGUUGAAUGUUGGGGUGCCGACAAACCAUUCGCCAAUAUUGCCGAAUCCACUCUGGCGAAGAAUAUUGAGUUGACUACGCUUCCUGUUCAACAGAGCAUGGCUAUGAUUGAGUCAAAUUUACUCCCGGAUAAAGGUUCUUGUUUGGAUUGCAAAAAACACUUACAAAAUGAAGAUUUUCAUCCGAUGUUGUUAUGGUUCAAAAGCACGCAACAAGAGAAUGAGUAUCGGCACCAAAACGACAACGAAUUCCGGUAUUACAUCGCCUGUUCGACUUUGAUUUUCGUCGGAAUGUGCGUGAUGCAAAUAUCGACGAUUCCACGCGGGAUCAUUCUUUAUGGAACAAUCGGACCUACGUUAGUUGUUUUAUCAAUUUUCGUUUAUUUAUGUUGGUUGGAAGGAUGUUGCAGAUCCAAACCAUCUUCGGAAACUCCAACGGAUACGAUCGAUGGUUGUUCACCUCCUGGAAAAAUCGUCGCUGAAAGUCGAUGUCUUAGAAUAGCGAUUUUUUUACUUUCAAUAGUUUUAAUAGCAACUUGUGCAGUGAUAACAGUGGUUGAUUAUAGUCCUGAAGAACUAUUUAAUGUUAAUGGUUCGAUAGUGAGUAAUAAAAACUUAAAUAUAACGUUUUCGGAUAACCCCGUUUUGGAAUAUGUCCCGACAUAUCUUUAUGGAUCAGCGAUGACCUUGGCAGCAAUAUCGGUUUUUUUGAGAAUUGGAUUCCUACUCAAAUUGGGAUUAAUGUUAACUUCAAUUAUUUGCCAUAUUAUUAUUUAUAGUUAUUACGAAUUUUUUCAAGAUUAUCACGACGUCCACGAUGAUGAAUUUCCUGCAAUUAAUUUUGAAAUAAAAACGGCUUUAGUUUUGGCCGUGGCGGUUACUUUAUUUCACAUCCUCGACCGACAAAUUGAGUUUACUUCAAGAACGGAUUUCUUAUGGAAAGCUAAAUUGAAAGUUGAGCAAGAUGAAGUUGAAACAAUGAGAGGAAUUAAUAAAAUAUUGCUAGAAAAUAUUCUUCCGGCUCACGUAGCUGAAAGGUUUUUAACAGCUAGAAACACCCAAGAACUUUACCACGAAAGAUAUUCGUGCAUAGGCGUUAUGUUCGCGUCAAUUCCGAAUUAUAAAGAAUUUUACGAUGAAAGCGACGUCAAUAAACAAGGAUUGGAAUGUUUGAGGCUGUUGAACGAAAUCAUUUGCGAAUUUGAUAAAUUGUUACUUAAACCAAAGUUUAGUUGUAUAGAAAAAAUUAAAACUAUCGGAAGUACUUACAUGUUAGCUUCAGGGUUACAACCUGGAAAAGAAAGUGAUAAAGCUGAAACUAGUAGAAAAGAAGAAUAUAUAAUAACGGCUCUAGUCGAUUUUGCUUUACUUUUAAUGACAAACCUCGAACAAAUUAAUAGAGAUUCAUUCCAACGUUUUAAAUUAAGAGUAGGUAUUAAUCAUGGUCCAGUUAUAGCCGGUGUAGUUGGGGCUCAAAAACCUCAAUAUGAUAUCUGGGGUAACACGGUGAAUGUAGCUUCCCGAAUGGAUUCCUGCGGCAUAAUGGGGAGGAUUCAAGUGACAGAAGACACGGCAAAAAUACUCAUGAACGCCGGAUAUUCGUGCGAAUGUCGCGGUCCAACUUACGUGAAAGGAAAAGGAACGUUAACGACGUAUUUUGUGAAGACGCAAUUUGAUGAUAAAUAAUGAGGAAAUCGUCUCAUUUAAAAAUAAAUGAAUGAGACUGAAUUUUUUGUGUUUAUAGAAAAAUCGGUUGUGAUUAUUUUAUUGUUAUUACUUUCAUUAUGAUUAAGGAUAUUUAUUUUUUAGGAGUAACUUAAACGUGUAAGACUUUGUUUAACAAAAUGUGAAUUGUUGUGCAUUUUGAGAGACUUUUAAAUAUAUGAAAUUAGUACAACGGUUUUGUAAUAAGUACAAUAAAGCUGCAAAUAUGCCUGUAAUUUAUUAAUUAAUACGAUGAAAGAGAAAUAUGUAAAAGUAGAUUAUAAAUUAAAUUUGGCAUAAUUUAUUUUCGUAUUAGCUACGAAUAAGAUAUUCUAUGCUCUGAACACCAAAAAAAUCGUUAUAAAGUAUUUAAAUUAAAGUAAUAUGUAAAAUGUUGAAUAAUAAUUGGAGAUGUAUGUGUAAAAUGUUUUAGACGCAAUGUCGUUUUGUCUUUACUGUUAUAUAUUAAAAAAAAGAUUGGAAAUUGAAAUAUAACAACUAUAAAUAUUAAAA